CUCUAUCUCUCUCACUAAACUUGUCUCCCUCAACCACCUAUAUAAUCCACCCCCAUGUUCCCCUCUCAUCAACACCACCAUCUCUCUCUGGCUAGGCAAUUAUCUGGUGUAUAUAUAUUGAUAUUAUUAUUGUUAUUUGCAUUCAUCAGAUCAAUCAGAAAUGAGUAGUGUUUGCGCCGAGCAGCACAAGUUCCACCCCUCCCACCAGCUCCUAUCAUGCAAGAAAACCCUCCUCAGAGACACCAACAUUGACAUCCCACCGAGGAAGCUCCUCACCUGCCGCAGCCCCCAAGAAUUUUCCUCUUCUGACGUGUACGCCGCAGCUGACUACGGAUCCCCGCGCUUCUCAUCUGCCGACGAGGCCCUCCUCCGCAAAUUCCUCCCCUACAACACCGGCUCCGAUGGCUCUGACGACGACGAGGUCGAUCCCUACUCUUCCGACCACUUCCGCAUGUUUGAGUUUAAGGUCCGGCGCUGCACCCGCAGCCGCAGCCACGACUGGACCGACUGCCCUUUUGCCCAUCCCGGAGAGAAGGCUCGCAGGCGGGACCCGCGUCGCCACCACUACUCGGGCACUGUGUGCGCUGACUAUCGCCGCGGAUCAUGCAGCCGCGGUGACAGUUGUGAGUUUGCUCAUGGAGUGUUUGAGUGCUGGCUGCACCCGGCGAGGUACAGAACUGAGGCUUGCAAAGACGGGAAGAACUGCAAGAGGAAGGUGUGCUUCUUUGCGCAUACGCCACGUCAGCUUAGGAUUCUGUCGGCGGAUCAGGUGCUCUCUCCCACGGCUAGUUCUAAGAAGUUCCACCUGAACAACCACUUACCGGUGGGGUCUUCGCGUUCCUGUUCGAACAACAAACAGUACUGCUGCUUGUUCUGUCAUCCAGCAGCGGCGACGUCGUCUCCAACUUCGACUCUGUUGGCCGGUAUGUCUCAUCCUUUGUCGCCGCCUGUGUCGCCAGCAGGUAACUGCUCGUCGAUGAGCGGUUUUCAUAGUUCACCAGUUAUGUCUCGCUGUGGUGGGCUAGGGUUGGGGGGUUUGGAUCAGGUGCAUGCAAGCACAGGUGGGUUGAUGACCUCCAAAGAAGUGGUUGCUGAGCUCAUGAGCUCCAUGGAAGCCAUGAAAUUCAAUGAAGCUGCAGCUGCAGGCGCUGCUGCUUCUCCGAAGAGGUGGGUCGACGUUUCAUUCGAUAUGUACAUGAAUUAUGCUUCUUCUGAUGACGAUCUGCAGCCGCAACAACAGUUUAUUCUUUCGCCAUCCACUCCGAGCCCAACAAGCCGACCAUUUGGAGGUGGAGGACGUGGAAUCAAUUUUUUCGGUGGGGAUGAAAAUUGCUCCCCAAGAAAUGGAAGCUUAUUGGGAUUUGAUCGUGAUACCAAUACGCACAUUAAUAAAACGGAGAUUGUUAACGGAGAAGGGUUUGCCUCAGCUGGUGACUCGGAUCCGGAUCUUGGCUGGGUUAACGACCUCUUGAUGUAAAGGACUUUUGUUACAGUCUGACUGCGAUGAUUUGGAAGCUAGAUGAUCAUCAUCGUGUGAUGUCAAAGGACGGACGGAGGAGAUCCAAAUUAAUAAAUGAUUGAUGGAUGAUGAUCGUAUCUAUCCAUCCCAUUCCCAAGCCAACUGUAUAUAUUGCAUGCUUCAGCAGCCGUACGUACGUACGCCGUAUGCAGACGCGUAUUGAGCGUACAUUGUUAAUUGUUGUCAUUAUUUUCUGUUUAUUUGUUUCAAAGUAUUCGUUGUUGUUAAUUUCUUUCUUGGUGAUGUUUUUUGUUUUCUGAAGUGGUAGGCCAAGUGUAUCAGCUGAGUUGAUGUUGUUGAUGUUUAACUGUUUUGGAGAGGAAUUAUCAAUCAAUGCAGUUUUUAUUUCGUGUU